GACAGCUAUCCAUGAAAGCGAGGCAAGCUGUUAGACAUAAAUUAACAGAGGAUCCACCCAUAAGCAUUCAAUAGACAAGUUCGUCUAUUCGUUUAAGACAUUUUAACACAGUAUAGUGACAGCAUCGUGCAGCGAUUUUCUAAUACUUGCUGAUUGUCCGAUUUGAUGCAUAAGACUUGGUAAAAUUUUGCAAGAUAUAAAGACUAUGGUCUAGCAGUCCGGCUUCCAAUAAAUUCAUACAUUUACAGCGUGUUAAGAAUAAACAUUAAGGAUACAAGAAAUUAAACAGAAACAAUAUGACAGAUGCACAGGAAGAAGAAAAGCGCGCUCUAAACAUUGCAAUAGGUCUUAUGAGCGUGUGUUCCUUAGUAGGCGUAAUUGGUAAUGCCCUAGUUCUCUACGUAUUUUCAAGCUUCAAGCAGAAACUGACAUCAACAAUAUUUAUACUAACACUAGCCACAACAGAUUUUUUAACAUGUCUUGUAACAAUACCUUUCACGAUAGCCGUGGAAGCCCUAUACAUGAAAUUGGAGUAUGAUCUUGUAUGCAAAAUGUACUAUUUCCUAAUGACCACAACUGUUCCGUUUUCUGCUUUUGUCAUGGUGGCUAUUGCGGUUGAUCGUUAUUUGUGCAUCUGCCAUCCAUUCAAACAUGUCAUGACAAUCAAGCGAGCAGAAUAUAUUGUUGCUUUUCUUUGUGUAUUUGCCGUUGUUUUAGGAGUUUUGUGUUCUUUAAACUACGGAAUGGUAGAUCCUAACUAUUUGCAGAUGAAUUCAAGCUCUAUUAAUAAAACAACGGUGAUACCAUUUGAUGUAUCGACAGAUGCCAUGAUGAACACAACUACCAAAUAUAAUGCUACAGUUUCAACUAUAUUGAGACCCGAGUUUGUGUGUUUACCAGUUCAAAAUUACGACGAUCACGCCUCUUUCUUUUACAUAUAUCAAAAGAUAUACUCGUCGUUUUUUGCUAUUUGUUGUCUCAUAGUGAUGGUUCUGUAUGCCAUGAUAUACCGAUCUGUUCUCGCGAGACGUCGACAAAGAUUAAAAGUUGUUACUAAUCAAUGUUGUGGAUUCUGGAAUGCCUUGCCAAAUGAGGUAGAACAAACUGAAUUUUCAACUCUUAAUACUCUUAACAAUGAAACUUCAUUUGGAAAGUCGGAGGUAGAGAAAAAUAACAAAGCCGUUCAGAAAAAUGGAAAUGAUACUUCAAUAAGUGAUAAAGAUGUCAUCAUAAAACCGGGCGGACUUUCACGAGCAAAACUUGAGAAAAUGAGAAUGGCUAAUAUAAAAACUGCUUUCAUGCUGUCAAUAGUAACAUUAGUAUUUAUUAUUGCUUUCUUACCUUCCUGGCUGGUUGCUUUGAGAGUUUUCGACAUGAAUGUGGUGGUUUUCUAUUUAUUUUUUAUUUACCAUAACGCGAAUCCUGUCAUUUAUGCCUUCAUGAACAAUGCCUUCAAAACGAAAUUAAAAGAACUAUUCAUUUGUAAAAGAAGAUAGAUGAAUAAUGAGACCCAUGACAUGUUGUGUAGGAAGUGAAAAGAAUUGUAUUCAAAUGCAUAGUAAUCAAUUCUGUGAACAGGUGAAUGAUAGUUCGCUUCAAUAAUCAGUGUAGGAAUAUAAGAGUAUAUAGUAACUGACCUUGAGCUAAAAUAAAAUACUAGAAUUGUUAAAGAAAUGAAUGAUAUGAAUGUAUAUGUAUAUAUAUAUACCCGGACAAAAGUUCCACACCAAACUAACUUAUUUUAAAAGUGAAUAUGUACAAAACUAAUUGCUUUUCUUGGGUUGUUAAUUAUAAUCUAUUGACACAAAAUCAGUUUUGAAGCACACUGAUUGAUAUCAUAAUCCAAGAAAACAUAAUCUGUUUCAGAUGGCUGUUUUUUAAUAUUAUUUACAAGGGACAUUUAUUUUGCUUUACAGUACGGGCCUUUUUCUCAUAAUUUUUCAUUUGCAAAUGAUUUUGACAGUUAUCGCACUGUAAAUCAUGAUGCGUAUUCUUCUUGUCUUAUUGUUAACACAUAUUACGAAAGAAAAGCCUAUUUUACAUAAAUAUAAUAAGUUAAACUAUUUUCAAAACUAAAAUUAAGAUAAGACGUUUUAAUAAGUGAGAAUAUCUGUUACCAAAAUUACAAUUACCUACUUUAAAAUUUGCCAUUAAAAUCAAAAACGGUAUGAAGCGGUAGAACAUAGACGCAAUUAAUCGUUGAUAUCUAAUUUUCAUUCACACUUUUCCCUCUACUCACUCCCAUUUGUUUUGAAAUGUAUUUUGCACUGAUAUUAAAAACAUAAGUACAGACUUGAAGCCGUCAUAUCCUAUGCCCAUCUGUUAAGAUUUUGUAAGAUAAAAGUGAAGAUCAAUAUGAAUUUCGGAAAAACAACUGCAAAUGUCAAUUGUAGAAAUUUGACUAUUAGAAUCUCUUGCAUUCUUUAAUUUUUGAAAAAAAAAUUAGAUUUUCAUCAUAGACGAUCGAUAUUUUGAAAGAAGAAAUUGUAGUAAGAUCAAAGAUAAACAGCUGCACACCCUGUGUUCUGUAAGAUGUUUUGCUACAGACUGAUUUUGCAAACAUCUUUAUUUUUCUUAUAAAUUAUUAGUAUAUAAAAUUUAGAAAAAUGAGAUGAUUGCAAAUGAGUCAAUUUUCAACCAAAGAUCAAAAAGCGAAGAUGUAAACAAUUAUUUUAUAUUGGUCCUCGUAUGACCUUCAACACUGAGGAAAACUCAUACCGUAAAAUAAGCUAUAAAUGGCUCUGGAAUGACAAAAUAUGAAACAAUUCAAAAGAGAAAACCGUAAUUUAUCACGAUCCAUCUAUUUUGCAUGAUAUUCGAUCGGUUUGCGAUUUAAAUUUUUAUUAAAAUGGGAUUACAACCACGUAUAGAACAUUAAACACAUUAAUUAUAUUUCUGGUCGUCGUAUACUCAUAUAAACAGAUGAUUGAAAUUCCGUUUGAAGCAUUGGGAGCUAUAGAGCAUUUUUAAUAUUCUCGUUAUUUGACAGCAAUUUAACGCCACUUUAGUGUAAACAAUAUUUUAUUAUUAUGAAUUAUACAAUUACAAUAUAUAUUUACAUUCACAAAAGGAUUCAGAAACAAGCAACACGUGCUUAUGUCAAUCUGUCUCCUUACGCUACUUUAUCAGAUUUUAUUUGUGCAAUAAACCUACUGAUGUCCAAAAAUCAGCGCCUUGUUCAUAAAAUGCAUAAUAAAGAUGUGUUAUUACUUAAACAUUGUUGAUUCAAAUCAUUUUGGAGCAUGUCAUUUAUUCAAUAUCAUCAAAAUAGUAAUUACAGUUAACGUAAUUUAAUUAAUUUGUAAUAUUAACUGCAAUAGGUAAUUUGUUUUGAAUUAUGUGAUAGUACAGACCUUAUCACUUUUUGGGAAUCUGCGAGACUUGACCCGAUAAUUUGCGACACUUUAACUAUUUAUGUCAUACAACAGUCAUUUUUCCUUCUGGCGACAGAUAUUAUCUCCUGUGACGUCAAAAUUUUACGGGAAUGUCUGGUGUCCAGUAAUGGCGGACAAAUAGCGAUAAUGUAUAUUAAGUUUGUCCUUUUCAAUCUUGUUUUCCAGUGAGGCAUCUUUUCUGUUCUGUAUCAGUUUCUGAAAUUUGGCUUGUUUUUUUUUAAUUUUGUCUGGGUAUACCUUUCGUAGUCUCUUUUCACAAAAUAUCUUACAAUAAAAAUUGGUUGUAAUUUAUAUCAUAAAGUUCUUGACAUACUAGUACUAAAUCACGUAAGGCGUGUUGUGAAAAGAAUAAAAUUAAAUCGAAAAUACGUUCUGCCUAUUCAUUUCUUCUGGAUUACUGAAGACAUUUAUUUGCUCUCAAGUAAAAUGACUUGAGUAAAGUGGAAGUCAAUAUUACAAGUAGACUGCCGUAUUUUACUGACAAUUUAAGAAAAAGUGUGAAAAUGAAUUUUGUGCUGACAGUGUGCCAACAAUUUUUUUUUCAUUUGAAAGAUACAAGCACUAUGUUGCGAUAUGAAAACUGUAUAUUCAAACGUUAACUAUUAUGACAGAAUAUGAAUAAUUAUAUUAUAUUUCUGGGAUAUUCCGAUUGGUAAGAAAUUGAAAAUGACUGUUUGAAUGGAAAUGCUUUUACACCACGAUGCAAUUAUAGGCACGAUCUGGAGUUGCUGAACUAGUCAAACGUAAAACUGAACAAUGAUAUUGUAGUAAACGAAUAUUUUGUGAAUAUCAUCAAUAAAGUGUAUGUUAGUGUAUUGCUUUAAGAUGAAUUCAAUAGUUGACACAGUCACAGAGUAAACCUUAAGGUUAAAAGAAAGUAUGCAAUGUGUAAAUAAUUCAUUAGUUUAUUACGUUGAAAGUGGAAAAUAGUUUUCAGUGGUAAACACACUUUUUACCAUAAACAUAGAAACGAGUCGAUCGUAGCUUAGCCAUAUACUAGUUAUAGGAAAAUUUCAAAUACUAAUAUUAUAUAGUAAAUAAAUAAAUGGUUCUUGUU